AUGAAUGACCCUUUUGUGUCUAACCCAGCGGAGGGCACCGGUCCUCGCGAAUUGCAUCGCUAUUCAUCGUUCGACACCCAGCUGUAUAGUCUGAAUGCUGCGUCGCCAGCGCAGGCCAAGCGAGCCCUUGAGGCUCACCUGGCGGAAACGGAGCGCAGGCUUGAGGAGGCGUCCAAACUGGGAACCACCCUCAUCGAACAGCAACGGGAGCUCGAGGACAAGUUAAAAGAGGUGGAGCAGCAUGAUGAAGGGGAGAUUGGACCGGACUUGCGCCGCAAGCUCGCGGACUUGGAAAGAGAAUACAAUGAAAUCGGCCGGGAGUCAGCGCGCGCCUUCCUGGCUCCUAAGCGCAUGGGUGCUGACGGCCAUUUGGGAACUCCUUCUGCAGACUCAAAGUCGCCGCUCACUGCCACCAUGUUUGCCGACCAAGGUACAAAUUCGCCCAGCAAAGUCAGUGUCCCUUCACGAAAGCAGCGUAACCAGCCAUCCAAUCGCGUUCAUGAUAUCGAGUUCGCGACAGAGAUUUCAACUUCGCUGCUGGCACAAGUUCGACAGCUGCAGGCUUUGCUCGCGGAGCGUGAGGAUGCUCUCAAGACCAUCAACCUGGAGAAAUCACGCCUGGAACUGGAGGCUGAGGGCUAUGCCCAACGGAUUCGCGCACUCGAUGAGAGUGAGGAGCGCUACAAGGACGAAAACUGGGCCCUCGAAACACGAACACAAGAGCUCAUGGCCACAAUUCGGGAAGCAACUGAUCGCGAGACCAAGCUGAACAGCAACCUAAGCGCUCUCACCAACGAUAAGGGCUUGGUCGAGCGCGAACUGGAGGACAUCAAACAGACCAACGCGAGACUCAUAGAGGAUCACAUGAUGGCCCAAAAAGCCAACGAUGCGGAAGUCCACCAACUGCGCCGGAACCUUACUUCUGGCGACUCUGAACGGGUUGCCAUGCAACAAAAGCUCGAGGAAUUGAACUCGCAGAAUGAAGAGCUUGCCAAGGCUGUAGCGAUGCGUUUGCGACAACAUGAAGAGAACACUCGCCAGGUUUCUCACGACAACGACUCGGACGACCAAGGCAAUGAGACGCCCGAUAACUCACCCCCACCGUCCCCGAACAAGUUCACUCCUCGCCACAACCAGCUCGAGACUGAAACUCUGCGGAGCUCCCUCGGUCACGCUCAUCGGAUGAUCCAGAACCUCAAGAGCACCAUCCAUCGUGAGAAGACCGAAAAGAUCGAAUUGAAGCGCAUGCUCCAAGAUGCACGGGACGAGGUGGAGCAAAAACGUCAAGCCGCCACAACCGGAGGUCCUUCCAACAAACGCCAAAAGACCAAGCCCGAGGCCCUCAGAAAGGCCCCACGCCCGGACCUGCUUGGUGCUGGAAGGAAGGGCAAGACAGAGAUCGAAGAGGUCCAGGAAUCUGAUUGGGAAGACAAGAGCACCACCUCUAGUCCACCUCACAAGACUCCUCCUGGACCUGUUCGCAGCCAUCCCGGUGAGCGAUCGUCCGAUGAACCCAGCGACUACCAAACCGCCACGGAGGCCUACGAUUCAUUUGAUACUGCCAACGAGCGGGAGACGACCACGGAGAGCGAAGCUUUCCAGACUGGCGUUGAGAGCAUGGCCGACAGUUCUGGCUCUGACACUGAGGAACUCACCGAGACGGAAGAGACGGUCCGACGCACCCCGCGUAGCCGUAGUGGUCGCGUGUCUUCGCUCAUGAUGGCCAAGGCUCGGGACCGUUCCCCCUACCACAGUACUGCUUCGACGUCAACCAGUGAAGACGAAGAUGCCGGAUUCUCCUCGCCCACUCAAAACCACACUCCCCCUCGACACCGUCUUCGUAUGAAGAGAAGUGUGGUACGGAAAAGCCGACCAUCUGGCGAGGCACCUAUGGCCUUUAACAGCCGACCCUCGAGCGCCCGGAACUCCCCCGCGACAAGCUUUGUGCAAGAAGAACCGACUCCCGAAGGACAGAGUCUCUUUGCGGAGUUGGCUGAGCUUGAUGGUGACGAGAGUGAGGAGACUGUGGAUGCUAACUUUGGGCAAUCAACCUCUUUCGAUGCUGCUUCUCGGGCCUCCACUCCCCGUAUGGACCCUACUCCCGACUCGAGGAGACCAUCUGAAGCCGCUCUGGAUGCACCGCCCAAGCCGGCUAUGGUUGAUUCCGGUGUGAUGACCGACCCCUGGGAGCCGACUUCCGUUGGAGCUGGUACUACUGCUGUGGCUGUGGCCGCUGCUGGUGCCGUUGGCGGGGCUGCUCUUGGAAGCGCUGCAACUGCUGCGGGUUCCGAGACGACCGAGUCCAAGGAUAUUCCGGCCAUGGCCAACUCUGCGACACAAGGAGCUCCUGAGACAGACGGCGAACAAACUUCGGCGAACGUGCAGACCUCAGACGAAAACGAUACCGAGGCAGGUGAAUUGGGGAGAAGCGUGUCCGCUCCCGAGCCUCUUCAACUGGAGCUCUCUUCGAUCGCUACUCAAGAGACUGCGCCAGUGGCCCCUGCCUUCCCCGAAUUGAGCACUUCAUAUGUCAUUGGAGGUACGACGGAGCCUGUCGAGCCACCCGCGCUGGAAGUUCCAGAGAUGCUAGUGUCAUCGAUCUACUCCCAGUCCACGGAGCCUGUCGAACCACCUGCACCGGAAAUGCCAGAAACGCUUGUGUCAUCGAUCUACUCCCAAUCUACGGAGCCUAUUGUCGCAAGACUGCCUGAGCCUGAGGUCUAUGUGCCGGAAAUGGUAUUCUCGUCAGUCUUUUCGGCAGCUACUGAGCCUGUUGUGGCAACUCUCCCCGAGCCCGAGCCACCGGUUUCCCUUGCGGACCGUGGUACAGGUACGGAUCUUCCCGCACUAUCGGUGUCAUCCAUUAUGUCGGAACAAACCGAGCCGAUCUCGGCUAAGCUUCCCGAACCGGAGCCGGCACCGGUGCCAGUGCCAGUGCCUAUUGAGGAAACAACUGCCAACUAUGACAACGCUGAAAUGGCUGUUUCCUCUAUCAGCUCCGAGUCGACUGAGCCGGAGAUGCCCACGAAGCGUGCCGUCCCCGCGAUCGCGAUCCCUGAGUUGUCAUUCUCCACUAUCCGUUCUGUGGAGACGAGCCCUAUCGAGUUCCUGCCAAACGGAACCGCCGCUGCCGCACCCCUUAUGUUCGAUGAGGAGAACGUGCCACCAGCUGAAUCACGAUAUGUCUCUUCUGGUGUCAUGGCUUCUGAGGAUGACAAGCCCGACAGUGCUGUCAAGGCCACCGGCGAGCGGGCACGGCCGCUGAGCGCCAUUUCUGGCAAUGCUACGCGCACUCACCGACGAACAAAGUCGAACCUGGCGGACCAGGGAGCUCAGACAAUUUUGUCGUCCAAGCAGAUCGAUCAGCUCCUCAUGGACCGGGUCUCGACCCGCCCACUGUCGCCUCCUGACAGUGAUCGCGCAAAGGAGAUGGGAGUUUCGCCUUUUGCGACUCCCAAGGCGAAGACCCGCCCUACCCACCGGCCAUCGGCAACUUCCUUGCCAAGCGGAUCCCGGCGACCUGACAGCUCUGCUAGUCAUGUCUCCAGCACUCACAGUCACCCGCCUCUGCCAGCUGACCACCGGGAAGCCAUCCUGGCUGCCGGGAAGCCGGAGCAAUGCCCGGCGUCCCCCAAUGUUAUGGGCCCGCCUCUUGCUCCCGCUUCCGCCCUUCGCCAUCACGGUACCCCCAACCAGCGCCCUCGCACUCCAAACGAGCAAGGUGUCCAGGCCAGCUCAUCCCGGACGACUUCCUCGCGGUCGAAGUUGAGGCGCGAAAGCCAAGGUCAAGUAUCGCGGAAAUCAUCCGUUUCUUCGUUUGCCUCGGAGAUCGAAGAGCGCUUCAACAUGUACCCCAAUGGCGUUGGUGCUAUGCCUCCUCAUGGCUAUGCAGAGAGCACUGAUCCUCGCAUGAUUCAAGCGAUCACGCAGACGAUGAUUGGUGAAUUCCUGUGGAAAUACACGCGCAAGAACAUCUCUGGCGAGAUGUCGAGUACCAGACACCGUCGUUACUUCUGGGUCCACCCUUACACACGUACUUUGUACUGGAGUGAGUCAGACCCGCAACACGCUGGUAAGAGCGAACUCCGCACGAAGAGCGUUCCGAUUGAAGCUGUGCGAGUCGUGGCCGAUGACAACCCCUACCCGCCGGGUCUCCAUUGCCGUAGCUUGGAAGUCGUCAGCCCUGGUCGUCGUGUGAGGUUCACUGCUACCACGAGCCAGAGACACGAGACUUGGUUCAACGCGCUGUCGUACCUGUUGCUCCGCAACUCGGACGAGAAUGGCGAGGAGCCGGAAAACAGCAUCACGCUGGAAGACAUUGACGAAUUCAACCCCGGUUUCCGAACCAGCUCGCGCCAAACUCAGCGCAUGUCGUUCUCUUCGUCGCAAAGCCGUACUCUACGCAACAACCCUCCCCCCAAGCAACGGGCAGGAUCUGCCAUGUCGAUGCGACAGGCCACAACACCCGGCCGCGCAUCUCCAGCGUUGAGUGCGCCUUCCCAGAGCUCACCGUUUCUGGUUCCGGACCAAAGUCGACAAGGCUCUUCCUCUCGGCUCAGCACGAUCUUCAACACGACGAUUAAGGGGUCAUUCGGCCGUAAGGGACGUCAUGGGCACUCAAGCUCGAGCGUUCAUGAUGGAAGCGUUCAUGAACAUGUUCAUGAACAUCCGAGCAUUGACGAUUUGGGGGAAACGAUUGAGAGGGAAGAUCGUGAGACGGACGGUCUUGAGAAUGUCCGCGCGUGCUGUGAUGGCAAACACGAUGUCAGCGCCCUCUCUCGGACAAGCAAAUAUAGCCCUCGCGCUAACCGGAUCCACUCGCAUCAUUGA